UUCUUUUCACAUACAGUUCCGAUUUCUAUCGCUCGUUUGACUACCUUUACAUUCGUUAAUUAUCUUAAUACAACAUGCGUAUCCAAUCUCUCGCUCUCUUGGCCGGUGCCACUACCGCCAUCGCGGCCGAAACAGUCACUCUUUUCCUCCCUGGAUUCGACGAGCAAAGAAUUGAGGCCAAGGUCAUUGGAACUAGCCGCUCCAUGACCAAAUAUUUUAUCAAGUGCGCUGCCGACGUUGAGUCCGACGAGUGCGGCAUUCCACCAUCUGGCAUAACCGUGGCCCAAGGCUCUUCAACUGUCAACCUGCUGUACGCCAUGGAUGAUAUCACCAUGGCCGAGAGCUGCAAGUAUGAUGCUACAAGCGCGAGGUGCAACGCAACCUUCGAAAAGCACGGCACGACCUCCAGCUGGAACUCGGCCGUUGCUAUCUCUGAAAUUCCCGGUGGUGCAUUGAUGCCUGUGACUAUCACCGCAACUGGAACUGAUAGCACUUCCGCCACCACCGGUGCCUCGGUCUCAGCUUCUACUGCCGCUUCGACUAGCGGUGCCACUGGUACUAGCACUGCUGGUGGCUCCUCGGAUAGCAGCAGUGCUGCUGCCACCAGCCAGACCGAGUCUGGUAAUGCUGCUAUGCCCAUGAUUACUGGAAACGCGCGCUGGGUUGCCGGUGGUGCUGCAGCUGCACUGGCCCUUGUCGCUCUGUGA